UCCCGCGGCCUGGGCGCCCGCUCGCCCAGCUCGGUGCCCGCGGCCCGCGGAGGUCAGCGCGGCCCGCGCGGGGUCCGGCCAGCCCACCCCGCCCCCGCCCCGCCCGGCCGCCGCCGGUCCCGCUCGGAGGGGGAUGGGGAGAGCGGAGAGGCCGGCGGACCGCGAGGCAGACGGCGCGGAGGCGGAGGCGGCACCCGAGGCACCGUCUCCCGCUUCCCCGCUUGGCGCUGCGGGCCGGCCGGCCGGCCGGGCCGGGAAUCUCCUGCGAACCAGGGAGGAGCUGCCGCCACCAGGCCGGCUGAGCGUCCGGGGAGCGUGGAAGGGGGCGGGGAACGCGGGGAGCCGGGGCCGAUCCCGGCCCUUAAAGCGGCCCCCCCGCGCCCCGCGCCCCGGCAGCCUCACUCCGGAGCCGCGGCCGCAGCAGUUCAAGCUCUAUAUCUGUAACAUCAAAGUGCCAUCUCCUGAUUGGACCGUUUUCAGGAACUCACGUCAGUUUUCGUAUCAGCUUAAAAGCAAGGGGAGAGGCGAAGCAUAGAGAGCUGCAGAUCAGACCCUCCUGAACCCCCCGGAGCAAGUGAGACCCUUGGAGAAUGCUGGCUGCCAGGCGGCUGGGGGGGUCCUUCCUCUGAGGUGGGUAGGCCGGUGUCCGUGGGACAGCUUCCUCGCUCCUGGGCCCACCAUGGCCUCCACUCUCUGGCUGGACGGCUGAUGUGACCGGUGCCCCGAGCGCACACUGCUGGACUGGGUGCCGUCCCAGCUACCACCUGCUCUCAGAGUCUGGGAGCAGGGCAGGUUGGUGUCCGAUGCUACCAGAAGCCAGAAAGGCAGAGUGAUGGCUUCCUGCAAGCUGAGAUGGAGGUGACCUGAGGCCUCCUGGAUGUUCCUGGUGACGGGACAGCUGACAAGUUGGAACACAGGCCUGCCGGGGAGCAGUAUGCAGGAAGCUGGCUUUCAGGCCACAAAUGCUUUCACAGAGUGCAAAUUCACCUGCACCAGCGGGCAAUGCUUGUAUCUUGGUUCACUGGUCUGUAACCAACAGAACGACUGUGGGGACAACAGUGAUGAAGAAAACUGUCUCCUGGUGACUGAACAUCCACCUCCGGGCAUCUUCAGCUUUACAUGGAAGAUGGCGCAACAUACUGUUAUAAAUGGUGGUGUUGAAGAACGCAGAACCUUGUGCUCUGGCACUAUUGCUUGUUCUGUGCAACCUUUGGAAACCCCUUUCUGCAGACGGUUGGCAACAUGCAUCCCACCACCAGCGGAGCUGGAGUUCGCCCAGGUGGUCGUCGUGGUGGUGGUGGUCACGGUGAUGGUCGUGGUUGUCGUCUGCCUGCUGAACCACUACAGAGUCUCCACCCGGUCCUUUAUCCACCACCCGGGGCAGGGCCGGAGGCAGGACGGGCCGCAGCCGGAAGGGCGCCUGUGGCCUACAGACAGAUCUGGACCUCGGCCCGCCUCGGAGAUCAUGUACGCCCCGCGGUCCAGGGAUGGGGGGACUGCCCCAACCUUUCUCCAGAGGGAUCGGUUCAGCCGCUUCCAGCCCACCUACCCCUAUGUGCAGCACGAGAUCGACCUUCCCCCCACCAUCUCCCUGUCGGACGGGGAGGAGCCGCCUCCUUACCAGGGGCCCUGCACCCUGCAGCUCCGGGACCCCGAACAGCAGAUGGAACUCAACCGAGAGUCUGUGAGGGCCCCGCCCAACCGAACCAUAUUUGACAGCGAUUUGAUAGAUGUGUCCGUGUUCAGCGGGGGCCCACGCCCACCCAGCAGCAAUUCGGGCAUAAGUGCCAGCACCUGCAGCAGUAACAGGAGGAUGGAGGGGCCACCCCCGGCCUACAGCGAGGUGAUGGGCCACUGCCCGGGCGCCACUCUCUUCCACCCCCAGCACAGCAGCACGCACAGGGGGAGCAGACUGCCACUCCAGCGGGACGGCCUGGGGGGCACCGAGCUGCCCGUCCAGGGCAAGGACAGGAAGCCCGGGAACCUCGUCUGA